ACAAACAGGGCGUCACCUGAUAGUCCACGCGUGACUUUCACACGCAUCACGCAAGGGAAACUUAACAAGCAAAACGGCAUGUCGUUUUGAUCUGCUCUGUCACCUUCAACCAUCCUAUGCGGCAAUGCCCCAAGUUCCUUAAUCGAAUUUACCAAAAGACAAAAGAAGCACAGCUUUAGAAGCAGAAAUGUCAAAGCUGUUUGCAAGAAUUGCUGGGUUCUUUAGCAAUAGAACAUUCAUAGGUGUAGACAAAGCUGGGAAUCGUUACUUUACUAGAAAAGAAGAGAUUGAUGGUAUUCUAAAGGAGAAAAGAUGGGUGGAAUUCAAAGGAGAGGAAGAUCCAACCUCCAUCCCAGUUGAAUGGAUAUGUUGGUUGAAUGGGCAGCGAAAGAUAGCUCCUACUCCUGAGGAAAUAAUGGAACUUGAAGCAAGGCGUGAACGUGUUAGGCUUAAUGUUGCUCUUCUGAAGAAGGAAGAAGAGGAAAGGAAAGCCCGAGAAGGCAGUAAGAAGGCUGUGAACUCUGGUAAAGUUGGAGGUCCAGACUUAAAAAGCUUCAUUCGGCAAUUUCCUUCUGCUUCAGAAGGUGACAGAGUUGAACAAACAUCAGAUGGAAGGAUCAAAGAGACACAGGAAGAGAAAGGAAAACCACUUCCAGAGUCUUCAGAACCAACAGGAUCCGGUGCAUCCUAUAAGCCAGGAACAUGGCAACCACCAACAUGAUAUUUGAUAAUCCUGGCCACGACGCCUACAGUUCUGCACUUUGAUCAAUCCACAGAAUCUAGUCUGGGAUAAAUCGAAUUUGUUGUUUGUUGAAUCCUGAUCUAAAUGAAUACAUUCUUUGGCUGAUUACAUUUGAAAUUCAUUUUUUGGUUGAGUUUUGUUUGAUGACAGUUUUUGUUGAAAUUUUCUCCAUGGAUGUAUAAUUGCAGGGUUAAUAUAAAACAUUUUGCUGCAUCAUGUUUAAGUUGCAGCCAGAAAUGUAGGGUGCUAAAGUUUUG